GAUUUUCACAGAAUGGAGCAGUGAGCCAGUUACCAAGCUAAGGAGUCGGUAACGGCGGUGAAAACCGUUCACUUCUGAAGACCCACCGACUGAAAGCACAAUAUUGCCUUGACACCCUGAUUUGCGACACUGUUACUUAUUUUCUCGAUACAUUUAAGCCUACCAGUUUUACAUUGGAUACCGAGGAAAACAGUCUGGAUUUGUGACAGGUGAUUUUAAACAUCAGGUUGUUUCCUGACAGACUCAGAGGGCAGUGAGCUUGGCUGGCUAGCUAUACUUCACCACAAGAUGGAGCAGCUGUCAGAUGAGGAGCUGGACCACUCCGAGGGAGGAGAGGAGCUGGACCACUCCGAGGGAGGAGAGGAGGAGGACAGUGACAAAGAUGAUCAGGAUCUAGACAAGAUGUUUGGAGCCUGGCUGGGAGAGCUGGAUAAACUCACACAGAGUCUAGAUGAUGGCUUCCCAGAGACAGUCCAAAAGCCUCCUCAGAAAGCCCCUCUCAGACAGGAGACCAACAUGGCUAACUUCUGUAACCGCUUCUCCAUAUACAACAUCAACGAGGCUCUAAACCAGGGUGGAGACAGUGUAGACCUGGAUUCCCUGAUGGCUGACCUGUCUUCCAUAGAGCAGGAGCUGAGCACCGUCGGCAAGCCCAACGCCAAGCUCCGCCAGAAACCCACCGCCGGGCGCAGCAGCAGUUCCAAGGGGCACGGUGGAGCUGGGGGCAGCGGAGGAGGCACCUCCAGCAGCGGGGGCAGUACCUCCUCCAGUACCCGGGCCUCGCCAGCUUCCACUGUGGCAGCUCGCCACGGGCGACCCAUGGAUUCUAACCUGUCCCUGGAUGAUAUCACGGCCCAGCUGGAGCAGGCUUCUCUCAGUAUGGACGAGGCUGCCAGACAGAGCCGCUCCCUGGCUAGUGCCUCCUCCUCCACGACCUCCUGCUCCACCGUGCGGAGGACCGCCUCCCACCAUCACACCCACCGCCGGACGGGCUCGGUCGGGACGGUCAGCGAACACGAGGUCCGCUCCAUCUCCCACUCCUCCCGGUCGUCGGUGAACUCUGCGUCGGCCAGCAGCAUGGAUUCUCUGGAUAGGCCCUUGGAGCAGGACGGGGCCACGCCCACACAACAGGGGCCCAGUCAGGGCCCCCCGGGCAAUACCGAGCACUCCUAUCUGGACAGGGAAACCUCCAUGAUUCUGAAAAAUAUAGCCGGAAAACCCUCUCACUUGCUGACCAAGGAAGAACAGGCUGCCAAGACCAAGGCAGAGAAGAUCCGUGUGGCUCUGGAGAAGAUCAAGGAGGCCCAAGUUAAAAAGCUGGUGAUCAGAGUGCACCUGUCAGAUGAGAGCUCUAAGACCAUGAUGGUGGACGAGAGACAGACUGUCAGGCAGGUUCUGGACAGCUUGUUGGACAAGUCCCACUGUGGCUACAGCCCUGAUUGGUCCCUGGUGGAGACCAUCAACGAACUGCAGAUGGAGCGUAUCUUUGAGGACCAUGAGAACCUGGUUGAGAACCUUCUGAACUGGACCAGAGACAGCCAGAACAGACUGAAGUUCAUAGAACGCAUCGAGAAGUACGCCCUCUUCAAAAACCCACAGAACUAUUUGUUAGGGCGGAAGGAGACGUGUGAGAUGGCAGACAGGAACAAAGAGGCACUACUGGAGGAGUGUUUCUGUGGCAGCUCUGUCUCUGUGCCUGAGAUGGAGGGUGUACUCUGGCUGAAGGAGGAUGGGAAGAAGAGCUGGAAGAAGAGAUACUUCCUGCUCAGAGCCUCGGGGAUCUACUAUGUACCUAAAGGAAAAGCCAAGGCCUCCAGAGAACUGGUGUGUUUCCUCCAGCUGGAUCAUGUUAAUGUGUACUAUGGACAGGACUACCGCAGCAAGUACAAGGCUCCAACGGACUACUGCCUGGCCCUGAAGCACCCUCAGAUCCAGAAGAAAUCCCAGUACAUCAAGUAUCUGUGUUGUGAUGAUGUCAGAACACUACACCAGUGGAUCAACGGGAUACGCAUCGCCAAGUAUGGGAAGACCCUGUAUGUGAACUACCAGGAGGCUAUGAAGAGGACUGAGGCAGCCCACGACUGGUCCUCUCUCUCCAGCUCCUCUAUCAAGUCUGGAUCCAGCUCCUCCAGCCUUCCUGAGUCCCAGUCGAACCACUCCAGUACUGAUAGUGGUGUUGCUGUGUCAGAGAGCAACCUGUCAGGCCACACCUCUCAGAGCCAGGUCGGCUCCAUCUUCUCCGAGGCCUGGAAGAGAGGCACCCAGGAUGAGUUGAGGAUGGAGUCAGUGAACAGACCCUACCCCCUGAUGCUGCCCCCCAUGCACCAGUCAGUCCCCUCAUCCCGCACCAGCUACACCAGUGUCUCCCCCGAAACCUCCCACUCUCCCCCCGACCGUCCCCCGAAUCCUCCCCCUCCCCCACUUCCCCACUCCCCUCACCAGACCGCCCCAACCCACUUUGUCAAGUACAGCACCAUCGCCCGCCUGCAGGGUGGCGCCAACCAGGCUGCCAAUCAUUACAUUGACGAACCAAUGGGGCAGCAGCAAGGCCCUCUGGCCCCGCCACUCCAGUCUGUCAAACCCAACUACAACACGCUCCCAUUGGCUCCCACUAACUACAACACCAUGUCAUUGGCUCCCAGCAACUACAACCCUCCUCCCCCUCCUCCUCCCACCUCCUCCAUGCCUGCUCCAGGCUCUGCCAUGGCCUCUCUGAGGUUCGGCCUCCCCAGCCCUGUUCCUCAGUUCAUCCCCCCUCCUCCCCCCCAGGCCCACACCCUGCCACCCCCUCACUACCCACAGAGUAACUGCCUCCUGCCCCCUCCUCCACCCCCCGAGGAGGACAACCAGUGCCCCCCUCUCAGUAACACUGGGCUACAGCAAUUCCUGGCCCAAAAGUUCCCCAAUAUGAACUACGACUUCUCUGAGCUGGAUGGCCAACCUGAGUCCCCUCCCCCUCCUCCCCCUCCUCCCCUGUCCCCCAUAAUGCCACCCCCCACACCUCCCAAAACCUUCUCUGGUGUCUUCCCGCCCCAGACCGCUCCUAAGACCUUUGGUCCAGGGAUCCCCCUGUCCCCAGUCUCACCCUACCCUCCUUCUGGUCCAAUGAAAAAGCAGCAAAGCUUCUCGACAGGCCAUUCGCCCAAUCAGCCGCCUUCCACGAUGCCCAAACAGCACAUUUUCUCCUCUAAGACCCUCCCCCUGUCCGCCCCCAUCUCCCCCACUCCCUCCCUGGCCAAACAAAUAGUCAACCAGUUCCCCGGCGCCCCCCUGCCCCCCCAGUCCCCCCCGGCGGUCAAGGCCAAACCAAGAUGGCAGCCAGGGGGUCAGAUCCCCCCCCAGUCCCCUGAGUUCCCCCUUCCUCCUCCUCUCCCCCCUUCCAAGAUGGGCUCCCCCAUUAAGAAGUCUCCCUCCACCACCUCCACCUCGUCAACCGGCUCCUUCGGGAAGAGGGGGCCUCCUCCCACCCCCCAGCGCGCCUCCUCCAUCAAGUCCAACUCCUCAGGGGAGUACCAGGAGGAGGUGCAGGUCCAGAGGAAGCCUAAGAAGGUGGAGUCUCUGGUCAGUAAGUUUGCCCAGCCUGGCCUCGGCUCCUGCAACUCCUCCACCGACGCCUCCUCUGGAUCUCCUGCUAAAGACUUGGGGUCUCAUGCUCUACCUGCUCCUCCUAAACCAGGCAAGCUGAACCUGUCAGCCCUCCCUCUAGUCCUCCAGGGUCUGCAGACAGGGCAGCACCGCCAGCCCAGUGGAGACUUCCCCUCACCUCCUCAACACCGCCAGCCCAGUGGAGACUUCCCCUCACCUCCUCAACACCGCCAGCCCAGUGGAGACUUCCCCUCUCUUCCUCAACACCGCCAGCCCAGUGGAGACUUCUCCUCUCCUCCUCAACACCGCCAGCCCAGUGGAGACUUCCCCUCUCUUCCUCAGCACCGCCAGCCCAGUGGAGACUUCCCCUCACCUCCUCAGCACCGCCAGCCCAGUGGAGACUUCCCCUCACCUCCUCAGCACCGCCAGCCCAGUGGAGACUUCCCCUCACCUCCUCCAGAGAUCGAUUACUUCCCCCCUCCUCCUCCCGACUCUGAGCUGCUCCCCCCGCCCCCCCUCCCCUCUGAGCUCCACCCGGUGGCCCCCAGGGUCGCAGUGGUAAACCCCCAGCCGCAGGCCUUGCCCAUCUCCCACCCCGUCAGCCAAUCAUCAUGGAAGACCCAGUCGCUGAAGAAGACUCCGCCUCUGACACUACACAGGCUGUCCCGGAGCAACACGGUCCAGGACCCCUUACCCCUGUCCCUCCAGCACCAGCAGACCCUCCCGUCCUCCUUCGGCUGUCCCCUGCCCCCCACCUCCCCCGGGGGGCCUAAGGGGGGCGGUACCCUCUCCUCGGUCCAACCCAACUUCCUGGAGGACCUGAACCGGACCUUGAAGAGGAAGUCUAUCUCUCGUCACGGCUCCCUCACGCGUCACGGCUCCUCCCGGCUGGAGCCCGUCUCCAUGGACGACAUGGCCCUCCCCCCUCCACCCCCACCAGACCAGCAGAGGGGGGGGCAGGGCGGGGGCCACGGGUACAUGUCCUCAGGCUAUGCAACGUUACGGCGGGGGCCGCGCCCUGCCCCACCCAAAAGGGACCAAAGCACCAAACUGACGGGAGAGUGGUAGCUAGGGAGAGGAGGACUUGGGCUGAGAUGCCCAGGCUAUGGACCCAUCAAGGCCCCAGACUACAGACUGACCACAGAUUAUGGACCCAUCAAGGCCCCAGACUACAGACUGACCACAGAUUAUGGACCCAUCAAGGCCCCAGACUACAGACUGACUACAGAUUAUGGACCCAUCAAGGCCCCAGACUACAGACUGACUACAGAUUAUGGACCCAUCAAGGCCCCAGACUACAGACUGACUACAGAUUAUGGACCCAUCAAGGCCCCAGUCUACAGACUGACUACAGAUUAUGGACCCAUCUAGAGGACAGGCUACAGACUGACUACAGAUUAUGGACCCAUCAAGGCCCCAGUCUACAGACUGACUACAGAUUAUGGACCCAUCUAGAGGACAGGCUACAGACUGACUACAGAUUAUGGACCCAUCAAGGCCCCAGUCUACAGACUGACUACAGAUUAUGGACCCAUCAAGGCCCCAGACUACAGACUACAGACUGACUACAGAUUAUGGACCCAUCAAGGCCCCAGACUACAGACUACAGACUGACUACAGAUUAUGGACCCAUCAAGGCCCCAGUCUACAGACUGACUACAGAUUAUGGACCCAUCAAGGCCCCAGGCUACAGACUGACUACAGAUUAUGGACCCAUCAAGGCCCCAGGCUACAGACUGACUACAGAUUAUGGACCCAUCAAGGCCCCAGUCUACAGACUGACUACAGAUUAUGGACCCAUCUAGAGGACAGGCUACAGACUGACCACAGAUUAUGGACCCAUCAAGGCCCCAGACUACAGACUGACUACAGAUUAUGGACCCAUCUAGAGGACAGGCUACAGACUGACUACAGAUUAUGGACCCAUCAAGGCCCCAGUCUACAGACUGACUACAGAUUAUGGACCCAUCAAGGCCCCAGUCUACAGACUACAGACUGACUACAGAUUAUGGACCCAUCAAGGCCCCAGUCUACAGACUGACCACAGAUUAUGGACCCAUCAAGGCUACAGGCUACAGACUGACUACAGAUUAUGGACCCAUCAAGGCCCCAGGCUACAGACUGACUACAGAUUAUGGACCUAUCAAGGCUACAGACUACAGACUGACUACAGAUUAUGGACCCAUCAAGGCCCCAGUCUACAGUCUACAGACUGACUACAGAUUAUGGACCCAUCUAGAGGACAGGCUACAGACUGACUACAGAUUAUGGACCUAUCAAGGCCCCAGUCUACAGACUGACCACAGAUUAUGGACCCAUCUAGAGGACAGGCUACAGACUGACUACAGAUUAUGGACCCAUCUAGAGGACAGGCUACAGACUGACUACAGAUUAUGGACCUAUCAAGGCCCCAGUCUACAGACUGACUACAGAUUAUGGACCCAUCAAGGCCCCAGACUACAGACUACAGACUGACUACAGAUUAUGGACCCAUCAAGGCCCCAGACUACAGACUACAGACUGACUACAGAUUAUGGACCCAUCAAGGCCCCAGUCUACAGGCUACAGACUGACUACAGAUUAUGGACCCAUCUAGAGGACAGGCUACAGACUGACUACAGAUUAUGGACCCAUCAAGGCCCCAGACUACAGACUACAGACUGACUACAGAUUAUGGACCCAUCAAGGCCCCAGUCUACAGGCUACAGACUGACUACAGAUUAUGGACCCAUCUAGAGGACAGGCUACAGACUGACUACAGAUUAUGGACCCAUCUAGAGGACAGGCUACAGACUGACUACAGAUUAUGGACCCAUCUAGAGGACAGGCUACAGACUGUCUGGACCCUACAGGCCGCUCUCCUCCAGGCCAUGGUCGUAUUCAUUACAAACCAAGCGUAAAGGAAACGGACUGAGACGUUCUUAUUAUCCAAUAAGAAACUUUCGUUAUGGUUAUUAUCCAAUAAGAAACUUUCGUUAUGGUGUGCGCUAAUGAAUACGACUCAGAACUCAGCCUGUCUCCUCUCAUGCCACACAGACAGGACAGGAGCUAAAAGUAGAAUCCUGUUCCUCGUAAUCCCAGAUUGUUAUUCCAUACUUUGUCUACGUUUUAUAAUAACUCUAGGAAAAGAUAGCGCUGGUUAAACCACCUAUCAAGCUUUUCCACAUGUUUGUUGGCGCUUUGCAUUGAAAUAUAACGAAACAUAAACGACAUGAAUUUAGCUGCAAUAUAACCUGGUACUGCAUGGACUCCUGUACUGUGUGGACAUGUUGUUACCUUAGCAACUGUUUGAGAUGGAUGGGAUGUAUAGAACAUAUAUGUGUAUGGACAUACAGAAGUAUUUCCCCCCCCCUUGGAUUUGUUCACAUUUUGUUGCGUUAAAAGUGGGAUUUAAAUUAAUUUAAUUGUGUUUAUUUUUGUUGUUUGUAAUUGAUUUACACUAAAUACUCUGUCAAACUGGAAGAAAAAAUGAUUAUAUUGUUUUAUAUUAUCAAUUAAAAAUAAAACCCUAAUAUACCUUCA